AUGAUGCAGCGUAACGGUGGUGGGGUGGGGGCUGGUGGCCAGCCGUGGGUGCUGCGGCGCGUACGCCUCACCUGGCUCAGCUUCAUGCUCUUCUUCAUCCUGGUCUUCUUCCCGCUCAUCGCCCACUACUACCUCACCACCAUCGACGAGGCGGGCGGACCCGACAAGCGCAUCUUCGGGCCGCGGCCCGGCGGUGAGCUGUGCGAAGCCAAGCACGUGCAAGACCUGUGCCGCAUCCGCGAGUCGGUCAGCGAGGAGCUGCUACAGCUGGAGGCCAAGCGGCAGGAGCUGAACGGGGAGAUCGUCCGGCUCAACCUGCGCAUCGAGGCGUGCAAGCGGAGCAUCGACAGCGCCAAGCAGGACCUGCUGCAGUUGAAGAACGUCAUCAGCCAGACGGAGCACUCAUACAAGGAGCUGAUGGCCCAGAACCAGCCCAAGCUCUCGCUUCCCGUGAGGUUAUUACCCGACAAGGACGACCCGGGGCUACCCCCACCCAAGUCUGCCCACGUCUGCCGCCUGCGCUCCUGCUUCGACUACGCCCGCUGCCCGUUGACCUCGGGCUUCCCCGUGUACGUCUAUGACACGGCCUCAUACCCCUGGGGUGAGUCCCUGGACCCGCUGGUCAGGCAGGCCUUCGCCACCUCAGUGAAGAGCAGCAUCUACGUGACGGAUAACCCCAGGAUCGCCUGUCUGUAUGUGGUGCUGGUGGGGGAGCUGCAGGAGUCUCCCUCCUCCCCCCUCCCGGCCCCCUCAGCGCUGGAGAAGCAGCUGAAGGCUCUGCCCUACUGGAGGUCUGACGGACACAACCACCUCCUGGUCCACCUUUCCAGGAAGUCCAUGACGCAGAACUUCCUGUACAAUGUGAGCACGGGCCGGGCGGCGGUGGCCCAGUCCACCUUUCUUGAGCAGCAGUACCGCGAGGGCUUCGACCUGGUGGUGUCCCCGCUGGUACACGCCCUCUCUGAGCCCAAUUUCCUAGAGGUGCCACCCCAGGUGCCUGUCAAGAGGAAGUAUCUGUUCACCUUCCAGGGCGAGAGGGUGGAGUCUCUGAGGAGCAGCCUGCAGAAGGAGCCACCCCAGUCCUUUGAGGAGGAGAUGGAGGGAGACCCGCCAGCCGACUACGAUGAUCGCAUCAUCGGCACGCUUAAGGCAGUGCAGGACAGCAACCUGGACCAGGUGCUGGUGGAGUUCACCUGUAAGAGCCCGCGGCCCAGCCUGCCCACAGAGUGGGCCAUGUGUGGGGAGAGGGAGGAGCGGCUGGAGGUCCUCAAGGCCUCCACCUUUGCCCUGGUCAUCUCUCCCGGGGACGGUCAGCUAAUGGCGUCAGCGGGCAACGGCAUGAGGCUGUUUGAGGCCCUGGAGGUGGGGGCCAUCCCUGUGGUACUGGGGGACCACGCCAGGCUGCCCUACCAUCAGCUGAUCCAAUGGAGCGAGGCGGCCAUUAUGGUGCCUAAGCCCCGUAUCACCGAGCUGCACUUCCUGCUACGCAGCCUAUCAGACAAUGACCUGCUGGCCAUGCGGCGGCAGGGCCGCUUCCUGUGGGAAACCUACUUCUCUACCUCAGAGAACGUCCUGGGAACUAUCCUGGCUAGCGUCCGGACCCGCAUCCAGGUACCCCCCACGCCCAUCCGCGAGGAGCCCGCCCAGGAGAUCCCCCACAAGGUGGGCAAGAUGGCGGGCACGGACGCCAACCUGGCCGACAACGGCGACCUGGACCUGGGUCCAGUGGAGACGGAGCCACCCUACGCCUCGCCACGCUUCCUUCGCAACUUCACCUACACAGCGUCCGACACCUACCAGACCUGGAACCGAGCCCCGGGGCCUUUCCACCUUUUCCCUCACACGCCGCUGGACCCCGUGCUGCCCUCUGAGGCCAAGUUCCUGGGCUCGGGUACGGGCUUCCGCCCCAUCAGCGGUGGCACGGGGGGCUCGGGGAAGGAGUUUCAAGCAGCGCUGGGAGGGAACGUGCCCCGGGAGCAGUUCACCGUGGUCAUGCUGACCUACGAGAGGGAGGAGGUGCUGAUGAACUCCCUGGAGAGGCUCAACGGGCUGCCCUACCUCAACAAGGUGGUGGUGGUGUGGAACUCCCCCAAGCCUCCUUCAGACGACCUGCUGUGGCCAGACAUCGGCCUGCCCAUCGUGGUGGUGCGCACGGAGAAGAACAGCCUCAACAACCGGUUCCUGCCCUGGGAUGUCGUGGAGACGGAGGCCAUCUUGUCCAUCGACGAUGACGCCCACCUCCGCCACGACGAGAUCAUGUUUGGGUUCAGAGUAUGGAGGGAGGCCAGGGACCGCAUUGUGGGCUUCCCUGGGAGGUUCCAUGCCUGGGACGUCAACCACCAGUCGUGGCUCUAUAACUCGAACUACUCCUGUGAACUGUCGAUGGUACUGACGGGCGCCGCCUUCUUUCACAAGUACUAUGCGUACCUGUACUCGUACGUGAUGCCCCAGGCCAUCCGCGACAUGGUGGAUGAGUACAUCAACUGUGAGGACAUCGCCAUGAACUUCCUGGUGUCGCACAUCACGCGCAAGCCCCCUAUCAAGGUGACGUCUCGUUGGACCUUCCGCUGCCCCGGCUGCCCGCAGGCCCUGUCGCACGACGACUCGCACUUCCACGAGCGCCACAAGUGCAUCAACUUCUUUGUCAAGGUGUACGGCUACAUGCCCUUACUCUACACGCAGUUCCGCGUGGACUCUGUGCUCUUCAAGACGCGCCUACCCCAUGACAAGACUAAGUGCUUCAAGUUCAUCUAGCCCAGGGCUAGGCCCAGCUAAGAGCGUUGGGCAGAACGGAGCGAGAGAGUGAGGAACUCGGGCAGGACGGAAGAAAUGAGGAAGAUAGGACUGGUUUUGAGAUGGAGGGAGGUUUGGGGAAUGGAUCUAGGAUGUACAAUAAGAAGCCUCUCCAGUGAAUAGGCUGAACUCCCUUUUUUCUUCCUCAUGUCGUUCAUGUGUGUUCCAUCAGCAGCUACUACAGAUUUCAUUUUGCACCAUUUUUUAUGGGCCUGCAGGUAACACUGCCUACCCAAGGACAGCGACUUAACUUGACUUAGCUUGCGAGCCAAACUCAAACUGGCAUUGUAAACAGACUGGUUUUAAGCUGACACAGGGAGAGAAGGAGAGACAGUGGACGGUCAUGUGGGCCAGCCCUGAGCUCCUGAAGUUCACCUUUUGGGAGAGAAACAAAGGGGCAAAGGUAUACCGUUUGUCAUCGCACAAAUACUUUUGUUUUGUUGUUUUACACAUUUUUUUAAAAACUCAUUUUACAUGUAUUUACUCUACUCUUGUUAUUGAAACCGUGAGAGAAGCACUGAUGGUUGCAGAAGUAAAAACAUUUUUUUUUAUGUACGUGGUGUUUAAUAGUGUAAAUCUUGAAGUGGGAUGAUCAGUCGUCACCAGAACCUCGUCAUUGGCAUACCCAUAGAAAUAUAAUCACUAGAACGGGCAAAGCCCCUCAGACCAUGUCAAUUUCACAGUAGAUUAUAUUUCUAUGGGCAGACCUAAACCCUAGAGCUAACCCUGUCAUUCUGCCUUUCAAUGACUACAGAUGGAGACUACAGGACCAUUAUGCCACAAGCUCUACAAGUUUACCAGAAAAAUAUUUAAAAUAUUCAUAGGAAAAUGUAUUAAUUGGAAUGCCAUUUACCUAACACAUUCGUUAAGCCUACAGCAGACUACAAUGGCGUAAAGUCAGACCUUGGCUUUUUUGUGACUUUUUGGAUGUUAGUGGUAUUGGGCUACCAAUGGUUAUUGUUAAAUGACUGAGUAGUCCUAAUUAAGUGUUCAGUUAUGGAGUAGGGUGACGUUGCCCCUAGAUGCUGUUCUUGGGUCAGUUUUGAACUUCUCCCGCUAAUGGUUAAUGUUAGGAUUGGGGAGGGGAAGCUGAUGCCAGAUCUGUACCUAGUGGAAACUUCCCGCCGGAGCGUUCGAUAAAUGAUGUGAAUUGGGCAAUUGUACAAGGAAGUGAAAAAUAAGCUUAUUUUGACACUGAAGACGUUUUGGUGUUUCUGUCCCUCAUCAUGGUCCAAUCAUGUCAAAGGUCACAGUUCCAUUCAGUACAAACCUUCAAAAAGGAGCUGCUUCUCUGUACAGCGUGUCCAUGUCGUUCCCUCAUUUCGUAACGAUUUGAUGCUCGAUGAAUGUUUUCUUUGCCAAAUAGGUACGAUGUUAUAUGCUGAAAAACAGCACAAUGUUUUGUAAAGUGCACAAUGUGAAUGCUUAUUAAAGGGAUGCAGUCUGCCCCCCCUUUUAGACGGUACUCUUCCACCCCCAUCCCCCCAAAAGUUGUCCCUCACCUAUUAAAAUGGCAGCACCAGCCCUUAUUAAUUAACAUACUUUGACCUUUUCUGGCUUCAUUCCAUUGAUUUGACUGGAUGAUCUAAACUGUAACAAUAUAUCCUUUAUUUGGGAUGAUUCAGGAGACAACACUGUUGAUCAGAAAAUAUCAUCGGUCUUACUCUGGGAGGCUGCUUUUAUAGAACUCAACAUUAUCGGCCCCAUAGUUUCUGUAUAUUUAUUAAUUGAAUAUAUUAAAUGGAUCUACUAAGGCUUGCUUCUAAAAGGGUUUGUGAAUAGAAAUGACUGCAAUAAAAUGGAAUGUGAUCUUGGUCA